ACGGUAUUUGUGAAUAAAGUAUUGGAAUUGCAUGUUAAUACACUGCAUUUAUAAAAAUGUACUUUUACAAUUCUUUGCUUUUAAUUAGUAACAUUCUUACGUUAACAGUAUACACGAAAUCUCAAGAUCCAAACGGCGUUGGUAUAUCGGCAUGCUGUUUUUUUGGUGGCCGUUCUAAUUCUUGUGGUUUAUCGGAUGUUCAAGUUACAGAUACACCAGCAACUUGCACGUCUAUAUGUUACGAUGGGGUUAAAGUGGAUUCAAAAUACCAAAUUUCUGUACCUUGCAUGUCUUUAAAAACUUUUUUGGACGAACAUCAAGGGAUUGGUGGACUUAUUCUUACAGGUUUAGAGUAUGACUAUGAUUCUGUUGAAUUUCCGGGAUAUUCUGAAAAUUUA